GAACCAAUCAGCAGGAUGUGUGGGUGGGGCCAGAUAAGGGAAUAAACGCAGGUCACCUGAGCCAGUAGCAGCAACCUGGGUCCCCUUCCACGCUGUGGAAUCUUUGUUUUUUUUUUCACUGCUCGCAAUAAAUCUUGCUGCUGCUUAUUAUAUGGGUCCGUGUUACCUUUAUGAGCUGUAGCACUCACCGCGAAGGUUUGCAGCUUCGCUAUUCACUCUUGAAGCCACCGAGACCACGAACCCACGGGGAGGAAGAAACAACUCCGGACGCGCCACCUUUAAGAGCUGUAACACUAACGGUGAAAGUCUGCGGUAUCACUCCUGAAGUCAGGGAGACCACGAACCCCCCAGAAGAAACUCCGGACGCAUCUGAACAUCUGAAGGAACAAACUCUGGACACACCAUCUUUAAGAACUGUAACACCGCGAGAGUUCGCUGCUUCAUUCUUAAAGGCAGUGAGACCGAGAACCCACCAAUUCUGGACACAAAAGGACCUUAGCAGGCUCAGGAAAUGGCAAGCCAUUUAUGAAGAGGGAAGAGAUAGCAAACGUUGGUCUCAAGUUCUCUUGUUCUUUACCCAGACCAUUGCUGGCUGGGGGAUGAUCCUGAUUUAGUCUGGGGGGUUCCUUUACGCAUUGCCACCAGCAGGUGCCGCAAAUGGACCAUUGGCAGUCUUAAGGUAGAACCAGUUUUCCGUGUCUGACUUACAGAGCCAUUGGAUGUGCCUGGGGUUUGGGGAGCAGGGACUCGUUGGGUGGGGGAGGAUGCACCGGUGGUACCUGGAUGCAGGCUGUGAAAAGUUUAUAUCCUAGAGGUCCCAAGUCACCACAGAUUCAAAGCAGGAAGUGAGAUGUUCAAAUGAUCACAAAUACAAGUAUUCUGUUUCUUUUACUGUUUUAUCUUCCGUUGCUUUGCACAGUAGAAGUUACAGUUAAUAGAAGUUUUACUGUUCUCUGAAUUGGAAAGAGUUACUCAAAAGAAUUGGGCUACUUUCCUGGAGACAAGCCCAUAGAUGCAGGUGGUGAUAAUUCAAUAUGGGACUAACGGAAAGUUUUCUCUGCCACUUUCCAUUACAUUUCUGGCCAAGACUAUUUAGCGAUUCUUUCUGAGAAACCGAGGAGGCAAAUAGUCUCAAAGUAUGUCCUAUGAGAAACGUGUGCCGCAAGAUGUUUCGUUAAAAAAAAAAGUUUUCUGGACAGAUACAUUUGGGAAAUAUUAUAGAUUGCAUAUGGACAUUUCACAGAACACGUGUUACGUUAAAGUCCCUGAGAAGUCCUGCAGUAAAGGAAACUUUCAAAAGAACGGCGUAGAGCCCAGCACAGUGGCUCAUGCCUGCAAUCCCAGUACUUUGGGAGACUGCAGCAAGAAGUAUCCUUUGAGCUCAGGAGUUCGAGACCAGGUAUAGACACGUGUGGCCGUUUACGCUGUAGGAUCCUCAUUCCCACUGGCUUUGAACAUUUUGGGGACUUACAAUGCCGCCACCCGCGGACAUCGUCAAGGUGGCCAUAGAAUGGCCGGGCGCCUACCCCAAACUCAUGGAAAUUGAUCAGAAAAAACCACUGUCUGCAAUAAUAAAGGAAGUCUGUGAUGGGUGGUCUCUUGCCAACCAUGAAUAUUUUGCACUCCAGCAUGCCGAUAGUUCAAACUUCUAUAUCACAGAAAAGAACCGCAAUGAGAUAAAAAAUGGCACUAUCCUUCGAUUAACCACAUCUCCAGCUCAGAACGCCCAGCAGCUCCAUGAACGAAUCCAGUCCUCGAGUAUGGAUGCCAAGCUGGAAGCCCUGAAGGACUUGGCCAGCCUCUCCCGGGAUGUCACGUUUGCCCAGGAGUUUAUAAACCUGGACGGCAUCUCUCUCCUCACGCAGAUGGUGGAGAGCGGCACUGAGCGAUACCAGAAAUUGCAGAAGAUCAUGAAGCCUUGCUUUGGAGACAUGCUGUCCUUCACCCUGACGGCCUUCGUUGAGCUGAUGGACCAUGGCAUAGUGUCCUGGGAUACAUUUUCGGUGGCGUUCAUUAAGAAGAUAGCAAGUUUUGUGAACAAGUCAGCCAUAGACAUCUCGAUCCUGCAGCGGUCCUUGGCCAUUUUGGAGUCGAUGGUGCUCAAUAGCCAUGACCUCUACCAGAAAGUGGCGCAGGAGAUCACCAUCGGCCAGCUCAUUCCACACCUGCAAGGGUCAGAUCAAGAAAUCCAAACCUAUACUAUUGCAGUGAUUAAUGCACUUUUCCUGAAGGCUCCUGAUGAGAGGAGGCAGGUUGAUGUAGAGAGCAAUGUUGACAUCCUUGAUUGUCCUCUGACUGAGAUGGCGAAUAUUUUGGCUCAGAAGCAACUGCGUUCCAUCAUUUUAACACAUGUCAUCCGAGCCCAGCGGGCCAUCAACAAUGAGAUGGCGCACCAGCUGUAUGUUCUACAAGUGCUCACCUUUAACCUCCUGGAAGACAGGAUGAUGACCAAAAUGGACCCCCAGGACCAGGCUCAGAGGGACAUCAUAUUUGAACUUCGAAGAAUUGCUUUUGAUGCUGAGUCUGAACCUAAUAACAGCAGUGGCAGCAUGGAGAAACGCAAAUCCAUGUACACGCGAGACUAUAAGAAGCUUGGGUUCAUUAAUCAUGUCAACCCUGCCAUGGACUUCACGCAGACUCCACCUGGGAUGUUGGCUCUGGACAACAUGCUGUACUUUGCCAAGCACCACCAAGAUGCCUACAUCCGGAUUGUGCUUGAGAACAGUAGUCGAGAAGACAAGCAUGAAUGUCCCUUUGGCCGCAGUAGUAUAGAGCUGACCAAGAUGCUAUGUGAGAUCUUGAAAGUGGGCGAGUUGCCUAGUGAGACCUGCAACGACUUCCACCCGAUGUUCUUCACCCACGACAGAUCCUUUGAGGAGUUUUUCUGCAUCUGUAUCCAGCUCCUGAACAAGACAUGGAAGGAAAUGAGGGCAACUUCUGAAGACUUCAACAAGGUAAUGCAGGUGGUGAAGGAGCAGGUUAUGAGAGCACUUACAACCAAGCCUAGCUCUCUGGACCAGUUCAAGAGCAAACUGCAGAACCUGAGCUACACUGAGAUCCUGAAAAUCCGCCAGUCCGAGAGGAUGAACCAGGAAGAUUUCCAGUCCCGCCCGAUUUUGGAACUAAAGGAGAAGAUUCAGCCAGAAAUCUUAGAGCUGAUCAAACAGCAACGCCUGAACCGCCUUGUGGAAGGGACCUGCUUUAGGAAACUCAAUGCCCGGCGGAGGCAAGACAAGUUUUGGUAUUGUCGGCUUUCGCCAAAUCACAAAGUCCUGCAUUACGGAGACUUAGAAGAGAGUCCUCAGGGAGAAGUGCCCCACGAUUCCUUGCAGGACAAACUGCCGGUGGCAGAUAUCAAAGCCGUGGUGACGGGAAAGGACUGCCCUCAUAUGAAAGAGAAAGGUGCCCUUAAACAAAACAAGGAGGUGCUUGAACUCGCUUUCUCCAUCUUGUAUGACUCAAACUGCCAACUGAACUUCAUCGCUCCUGACAAGCAUGAGUACUGUAUCUGGACGGAUGGACUGAAUGCGCUACUCGGGAAGGACAUGAUGAGCGACCUGACGCGGAAUGACCUGGACACCCUGCUCAGCAUGGAAAUCAAGCUCCGCCUCCUGGACCUGGAAAACAUCCAGAUCCCUGACGCACCUCCGCCGAUUCCCAAGGAGCCCAGCAACUAUGACUUCGUCUAUGACUGUAACUGAAGUGGCCGGGCCCAGACAUGCCCCUUCCAAAACUGGAACACCUAGCUAACAGGAGAGAGGAAUGAAAACACACCCACGCCUUGGAACCGUCCUUUGGUAAAGGGAAGCUGUGGGUCCACAUUCCCUUCAGCAUCACCUCUAGCCCUGGCAACUUUCAGCCCCUAGCUGGCAUCUUGCUCACCGCCCUGAUUCUGUUCCUCGGCUCCACUGCUUCAGGUCACUUCCCAUGGCUGCAGUCCACUGGUGGGACAAGAGCAAAGCCCACUGCCAGUAAGAAGGCCAAAGGGCCCUUCCAUCCUAGCCCUCUGCAGGCAUGCCCUUCCUUCCCUUGGGCAGGAAAGCCAGCAGCCCCAGACUGCCCAAAAACUUGCCCACCAGACCAAGGGGAGUGCCCCAAGGCCCCUGUCUGGAGGAAAUGGCCUAGCUAUUUGAUGAGAAGACCAAACCCCACAUCCUCCUUUCCCCUCUCUCUAGAAUCAUCUCGCACCACCAGUUACACUUGAAUUAAGAUCUGCGCUCAGAUCUCCUCCCACCUCUCUCCCUGCUUUUGCCUUGCUCUGUUCCUCUUUGGUCCCAAGAGCAGCAGCCGCAGCCUCCUUGUGAUCCUCCCUAGCAUAAAUUUCCCAAACAGUCCACAGGUCCCACGCCCACUUUGCGUCUGCACUGUGAUCGUGACAAAUCUUCCCUCCUCGCCAGCUAGUCUGGGGUUUCCUCUCCCUGCCCCAGGCCAGAACUGCCUUCUUCAUUUCCACCCACGCUCCCAGCCUCUUAGCUGAAAGCACAAAUGGUGAAAUCAGUAGUCUCGCUCCAUCUCUAAUAGACUAAACCUAAAUGCCUCUAGGACGGACUGUUGCUAUCCAAGCGUUUGGUGUUACCUUCUCCUGGGAGGUCCUGCUGCAACUCAAGUUCCACAGGAUGGUCAAGCUGUCAGACAUCCAAGUUUACAUCAUUGUAAUUAUUACUGGUAUUUACAAUUUGCAAGAGUUUUGGGUUAGUUUUUUUUUUUUUGCUUUGUUUUUGUACAAAAGAGUCUAACAUUUUUUGCCAAACAGAUAUAUAUUUAAUGAAAAGAAGAGAUACAUAAAUGUGUGAAUUUCCGUUUUUUUUUUUUAAUUAUUUUAAUCCCAAACAUCUUCCUGAAAAUAACAUUCCCUUAAACAUGCUGUGGAAUAAAAUGGAUUGUGAUGA